AUGCCUUCAAAUGAGGUUAGGACUGUUGUUCAAUUUGGAAAUGAACCUGGAUUAAGUAGGGGUAAAAAACGUAAGAAAAAUAAGUCAGUUUGGAAAAGAUCUAAGUCUAAAUUGGAAAGAAAUUCAGAAAAAUUAUAUUUGAAUUCUCGUGGUAGAAUUGUGUCUGAGAAACAAUUUUUUCAUGGAGUUUGUAGCUGUCCACGAAAGUGUCGUUUGUUGUUAUCUCUUGAAAAAAGAAAAAAUAUUUUCCAAAGUUUCUACAACUUAUCUAAUUUUAAUUUACAGACUGCUUACAUUCAAAUAUGUCAAAUAGUUAUCAAUAAAGGUCGACAUACAGCAGCACAAAAUCAUAAUAAACGUUCUAAGACACAAAUUCAUACAUUACCGAAAAAAAUAGGUGAUAUAGUACCUGUUUGCAAAUCAUUUUUUAAAAAAGCUCUACAAGUUUCAGAUGGAAGGAUCACCAGAGCUUUAAUAAGCAAAUCAAGAGGUGGCGAAUUAAUCAUUCCGCCCCUGGAUAAAAGAUGA